UCUGCGAUGCUUUCAGAAACUAAUCGCCCUCAUGCAGUUUGUGUUCCAUUCCCAACUCAAGGCCACAUACAUCCCAUGUUAAAACUAGCUAAAUUUCUUCACCACAAAGGCUUCCAUGUCACUUUUGUAAACACAGAGUUCAAUCAUAGACGGCUGUUAAGGUCCCAAGGCCCUGAAUCUCUCAAUGGUACCUCAAGUUUCCGUUUUAAAACUAUUCCCGAUGGUCUCCCUCCAUCUGAUGCUGACGCCACGCAAGACGUUCCCUCUAUAUGCCACUCAACCAGGAAAACCUGCUUAGCUCCCUUUAAAGAUCUUCUCGUGGAACUCAACAGCACGUCUUUGUCAAAUGUUCCUCCAGUCACUUGCAUAGUAUCUGAUCUUGUUAUGAGUUUCACUCUUGAGGUUGCUAAAGAGCUGCAUAUUCCUAACGUUCUUUUUUGGACAGCAAGCGCUUCUGGCUUCAUGGGUUACGUGAAUUACCGAAAUUUAAUAGAAAAGGGUAUAUUUCCUCUCAAAGAUAUGAGUUAUUUAACAAAUGGAUUUAUGGAUACUGUUCUUGAUUGGAUACCUGGUAUGGAAGGUAUAAGAUUGAAGGAUAUGCCAAGCUUUAUCAGAACUACUGAUGCGAAUGAUAUUAUGGUCGAUUUUGCCCUGGGAGAAGUUGAGAAUGCACGUAAUGCAACUGCACUCAUUUUCAAUACUUUUGAUGAUUUAGAAGGUGAGAUUUUGGAAGCAACUUCUCCAACUUAUCCUCCUAUCUACAGUAUUGGUCCUCUUCAGCUCCUCCUGAAUCAGGUUCCACUUGAUAAUGCUCUGAGUCUCGUAGGAUCAAACUUAUGGAAAGAACAACCCGGGUGUUUGGAGUGGCUUGAUUCAAAGGAACCAAACUCUGUUGUUCUUGUUAACUUUGGGAGUGUAACUGUCAUAACAGACUAUCAACUUGUCAAAUUUUCUUGGGGUCUUGCGAAUAGUAAACAAAGCUUUUUGUGGGUAAUUAGGCCUGAUCUAGUCAUCGGUGAAUCAGCCAUUCUUCCUCCAGAGUUUAUGACAGAAACAAAAGAAAGGAGUCUCCUGGCAAAUUGGUGUCGCCAAGAGGAAGUUCUAAGUCAUUCAGCGAUUGGAGGGUUUCUAACCCACAGUGGUUGGAAUUCUACAAUGGAAAGCUUGUGUGGUGGUGUGCCUAUGAUAUGUUGGCCAUUUUUCGCAGAGCAACAGACCAACUGUUGGAUGUGUGACACUCAAUGGGGUGUCGGCAUGGAAAUAAACUCUGAUGUUGGCAGAGUUGAAAUUGAGAGACUUGUGAGAGAAUUGAUGAAUGGAGAUAAGGGCAAAGAAAUGAAGAAAAAGGCUAUGGAGUGGAAAUUAUUGGCAUUAAAAGCAAUUACUUCUCCCAAUGGUUCCUCUUACUUGAUUAUGGAGAAAAUGAUAAAUCAGGUUCUUCUCAAUGUACAUCAAUAA